AGCUUCCCUAUAUUAUACACACACACACACACACACGACGGACCAGGCAGGAGUCUGGUGUCAAAUAUUAGCAUCAUUAUGUCGGGUCAAAGUGAGCCCACCAGCACAGGAGACAAGCUAUUGCAAGCACCUGAACAGGAACAUGGCGGCAAAACCAGACAGUUUUCACCUGGCCAUGUACGUAAACUGGGUUUGACAAGAAAAAUACGAGAAAGGAGGGAUUUAAAGGAAGAUGAAGACCCAGAAGAGAAAGCACGGAGACACAAGGAGAUGGAGCUGAAGCCUCUAUAUAAGGAGCUGCUGUACACCAUCGCUCAUAAGAUGGGUAACCCGUCAUCAACCGAGGUUUUCAGAGAUAGCCAGCUUCACCAGUACAUCAAGGAGGCUUUCACUAUGACAGAGUCAGAGCACAGCAGCCUAAUGGAGAAAGUACAGAGCACAGAGCCCCCGGUAUACUGCCUGAUGGCCACUGUAAAGGAAGCCAAGGGGAUCCUGGGAAAAGACGUCAGUGGUUUCAGUGACCCUUACUGCAUACUGACCAUACUGAUAGAUGAGGAGGAGAGUCGAACACGCCAGUCCAGAGCCAAAGACUCUAAAUCUGUUGUUAAGGACGCUGUAUCAGAUGACAAAAUCUACCAGACAGACAUAAAGAAGCAGACUCUGAACCCCAUCUGGAACCAAACCUUCAUACUAGAGUUUGAAGACAUUGCUGGCGCCAGUUUCCACCUCGAGAUGUGGGACAAGGAUGAAGAAGUUUCACUCACUCAGAAACUAGAGGAAAUCAAAACCAACUUUAAUAGUUUAAGAAGGAUGAUAAAGGAUGCUAAAAAGGAGAAAGGCACAGAUGACUUUUUGGGAAAGGUGGUCGUAAAACUAAAGGAUCUCCACUGUACCGAAGACAACUGGUACAAUCUGGAGCCGAGAACAGAGACGUAUCCUGAUCGCGGCCAGUGCCACCUGAAUCUCAAGUUCAUCCAUAAGAUGAGAGAUGGGACGCUGAGUGCCGGUCGUAACGCUUACAUCAACUACUGUGGGAUUUUGCAGCAGUUUGUUCAGGCUUACAUCUCCAAGCAGCAGAGUUCUGCACCAUGGAAAGGGGCGCUGUGUGGUGAGGCUCAGACUCUGCUGGAGCUCUAUGCGACGCAGAAUGACCUUUCACCUUUCCUUCAGGACCUGGCGAAGUGGGUGGCUUACAGUAAGCUGUACCAGAGUCUAGAGGUGGACUCAUCUGUACUGUUCCAGCAGCUGACAAGCAUAGAGUACCACUGGCAUCAACAGGAACUGCCAUACCAACAGAAACAGGAACUUGGAGACUCCCUUCAUGGUUUCCUUCAGUACGGACUGUGUCUGGUGGCCAAAUACAGAGACAUCUUCCCCGCAACACCCGGUGCUACUCAAAAACUACACAUACUGCUCAGAAUACUGGUCCAGAUCUGUAAGACUCAGGCGUUUCAGAAACUGAACCCAGCUCACUUUGAGUUACAUGAUGAGGUCAGCGAUGCCAUACAGACAGGGACGCAGGAGUGGUUCACCAUCAAAAAGGGUUUACAUCAGCCAAUGACUAAGGACCUGUCAGAGACUGUGGACGCCCUCUCCAGGUUGAUUGUGGAGGUGCAGGAAGACAUAAAACACAACAAGGAUGUCUGGAAUCGAGUAUUUGUCAGUGCUGUGCAAGUGGAUGUGUUCACUGUCGUCUAUAAGACGUUUGACUCCCUGCUUGCAAAGGAGGUGAGGGAAACCUUAUCCCGGAUUGAGAGUAAGAUGGAGCAGACUCUUGCCAACAGCCUGUUCCCUGUUUAUCUGAGCCUGCAGUCCAUUCACAAAGACAAGGCUUUCCUACAGAAAAGGGGGUUGCUUGAGUUGACAAACUUUCAAGAAGGCUUCAGAGAGGCUCUGCCUUACUGGCUGAACCAGGCGUUCAGCACAACUCAGGACAGGGUGGAGAGGGCCGUUCAAGUUGACCAGCUCCAGCCCCUGCAGACAGGCACUGUGCCCAUUAAACACAGUUCCUCAGCGGUGGACCUGGUGGCAUGUAUCCAACCUAUCUGCCAUCUGUGGGAGCAGCUGUCCUGGCCUGACCCUGAGGAGGCCUUCAUGCUCAUGGUCAAACUUACUGAGGAUGUGUGUAAGAUUGUGGUGAACUACUGUCACAUCCUGAAGGAGAGGGUCAGGGUGCUGUCCGAGAACUCCGACCACGGCAGCGCCAUCAACAUGUUGUGUGUGGUGGUGAAUGACUUGGAGCACUUGCGGUCGGUGCUCACCCGACUCCCCACACAGCUGAACUGGGCUGGGCUUCGAGACCGGACUCAAAAUGUCAUUGGAGAAAGCCAGUUCCACAACACUCUACCCUCACAACUUCAGCAAGCCCAGAGCGUCCUUGGCCGAGAGAUUCGCUCUGCUUUGGACACUCUUGGGAAAAAGCUAAACAUAGACAUUGAGACUCAUGUCAGAAACAUGUCAACCAGGCGAAGGAUUCCCUCCAAGUCUACAGAGGAUGCUGCGGCCCCUCUAAUGCGCUACCUGGAGCAAGAGCUGCAGUAUAUGAAUGAAAACCUGGUUCAGGAGAACUUCAACAGUCUCCUGACUCCUCUAUGGAACAACUCCGUGAAGAUCCUCUACCAGGUGGCUAAUCAGCAUCAACAGCAAGAAGGGUUUAUGGUGUUCUGCCAGAGACUGAUCUAUACUCUGCAGUGCCUGGAGCAGUGCUUCCACGCUGAGGGAAAUGGGCUCCCAGUGACCACUCUCCACUCUGAUGACUACAAGGCUCUCAAAGCUCACCUGACUCACAACUCUCUAAGCAGCCAGCAGCUCAUGGAGAAGUUCCUCGAGAGGAAAAUAUGGGAGCAGAACGUGAACAGUGGAGAGAAAUAUGGUGCAGUCACGCUCCUCACUUCCUACAGAAGAUCAGACCAAAGACUCAGAGUCGAGGUGUUGAACGCAGUCAACCUCUUACCAAUGGACUCUAAUGGUCUUAGCGAUCCAUUUGUGCAGCUGUGUCUGGAGCCGAACCACAUUUUUCCAGAGGUGGAGUCUCGCUGCACUCAGAUAAAAAACUGUGAUCUGAACCCCCUUUUUGACGAGGCCUUUGAAUUCAUGGUAUCCCUAGAUCAGUGCCAGGCUCAAGGGGCUUGCCUGGUUGUGACAGUUCUGGACCACGACACCUUGAGGACAGAUGACUUUGAAGGCGAGGCCUUCCUUGCCCUCAAGGGCAUACCUGGAGUUGCUGGAGGAAAAGACAGAGGUGAACUCAGCACACAGCCAGAUGCCGUCCCUGCUCAGAUCCGACUGCCUCUGAUGCAUCCUAAACCUAAUGAAGACAGCAUUCUGAAGCUACUGGAGUCCAGGAGAGGAGAGCGAGAGGCUCAGGCCUUCGUAAAGAAGCGGCGACAGAGAGAGAAACAGUCCCAGGAGGCGGUUCAACCGUAAUAAACACACAGGCAAUCUCUUCCUCCAAAAAUAUACAAUUUGUUUUAAUGAUCUGUACCAAAAACAAAGGAAAAAAAAUCCACUCAGAACAGAA